AUGCUGGAUUCAAAUGCUUUAUUGAGAGCCAAGAGAGAUUAGUUAAGAGUGUAAAUAAGAAGAGACUAGUUGGAGAGCAUAUUUAAAUCCAAAAGGGUGAUUGAUAACAAGGAAUAAUCAAAUAAAUAUUGGGCAAUUCAUUAAGAAUUAAUACAUAAUAUUGAGAGAUAAUCAAACAAACUUUUAUAAGACAAAACCUUAAUGAAGGAACUCUUUGAGUCAAAUGAUAAAAUGGCUCUUGUAAUACUAGCCAACUCUUGUGCUUCCGAAUCAGAUUAAACUAUUUAUACUUUAAUUAAUGACUAUCAAAUUCAUAUGUAUUUUAUGCAAAAACUACAAUCGAAUGAUGAUGAGGAAAUGAGAUACAGAUGUUAUUUGGGUUUGGCCAAUGUGUUAUAUUCCGAUUCUAAAAUAGCCAGAUCAAUUAAAAAAUAAUUAUUUUAAUCAAAUAUACUUGCUGAAACCCAAAAAUCCUUACACAAUUUACAAUAGGAUUAACUUGAACAUAUUAAUGCUGUCUUCAGAUUACUAUUUGGAUUGCUUGAUAAAAUGAAUGAUUGUGAUUGCACUUAAUUAAUUAGGUAAUCCCAGAUAGUUGAUAUCUGUACCAAAGUAAUUGAAUUAAUGGAUGCAAGACUCAGUUUGGCAUCAUUAGUUUUGCGUAAGGCAAGUGAGAUCUGUGAUGGACUGUUAGAAUUAUUUGAUGAUGAUAAACUAAAAUAUUUGUUAAAAUAGACUGAAUAAUAAGAUGACAAACAGACUUGUUAAAUAAUAAGAUUGAUAGACGAAUUAUUUAUGAGAUCUGAUGUCAAACUUAUCAUCACUUGUUUGGAUAAUCUAAAUAUAGAUGCAGUUGUCAAGAAUGCUCUAACAUAGGAAGAUAGUUAUUCGUGUUAGGCUGCAUUAGACUUUAUUUAUCAUUUGGCACUUAAAAACAAUGAAACAACACAAUCAUUUGCUUAUUUAUUAUAUGAUGAUAUCAUUAAAUUACUAAGAACAUCCCAUUCUAAACGAUCCAUUGAUAUUUGCUAAAAGAUUCUAUCAGAACUAAUUUAAAGUUAAAUUCUUAAAACUGAGAUUAAUGACUUAAAUGAAAUUAUUUUUGAAAUAGCUGAGGAAAGAUACACUUAUUUUGAUUAUCAGAAUUGUCAUUUGGCAUUGGAAGUUCUAAUGGAUUUAAAAGAACACUACGGGUUGGAAAUGACUAAUGAAAGAAGAAAGAAAAUAAAGUAAUGGAGGGGCAGUUAAUAUGAGCAACUUGAAGAAUUGAUCUCCUUAAUUUUAGAUGAUGUUUGA